UCCACCGCGGGAUCGCGUCCUGCGUCGGCGGAGCGUCACGGGCAGUCACCCGAUCCUCAAGCUGACCCACUCUCAUCCACCAUGAACUCCGACUCGCGGCACAAUACACCGACACCGCUAGAGGAUUACUCCAGAAUCAUGCAUCGGCAUACACAGCGGCAGAUCGAAAGGCUUCCGUCUGUAAAUGGAAAAGACGGUAAUGAUCGGAACAAGAAUUCCGACCGCUCGCCGCGGGUCAGUCCGCACAACAAGCAAAAUUCGAUGCCUUCAUCUUGAAGUCAUCAAAGACACUAUUAAAGCUAUGGAAAGAAAGAGCGUCCCUGGAGGGAAUGAUGUCAUCUGAGAUGUCUGAUGUGCAAAAUAUGGGAAUUGGAUACGUCCUCACCAAUUUAUUUGCCAACACUGUUACCGUCCGCGGUACAUCACGCCACUUUGCCUCACCUUCUCCUUGUCAUUGCCGUUUUUCCCGUUUUUAGGGAUGCUCUGCUCCUUAAGAGCUUCAAGGACAUUGCCCACUCGUGCUUGAUCCCAUCCAGAAUUUCUAGGUGCAACAUUGGUGUUGGCUAUGGGGGUAUGUCACUGCGCUACAGGUCUACGAAGGACUUAUUUCGCUUUUGACGCUUUGGCACGCAUUUUCAAUUUUAGUUCCCAUAGUGUUAUCUCCCAACAAAACAUGUCUGAGCGCUCUCUCGCUUGUUUGUUUCUUCUUUGAUUUCAUAUCAUAGCUUGUAGCGUUACAUAUAUCCCGUUCUCGAUG